ACUCGCAGACCGGGACUGUAUCGCGUUGCUUGUGUAUUUUUCCAAUUACGAAAUAUUUCGUUAUAAAUUAAAAAAAAAAAUAACAAUAAUAAUUUGAAUUGAAAAUGUAUAGUCUAAAACAUAAUGUAUCACCAAUAAAAUGAUAAAGAACAUCUAUAUAUAAUCUGUACUAACAAAACAGAAUUGAACUACACAAUUUCGUCAUGAUUUCAAAUUCAGUCAAAUUACUUGUAAUACAUUUUGGUCUUAUACUUGCAUUCGGAAAUUUUGGCGUUCAGGCCAGUUGGGACGAGUGGUGGACGUACGACGGAAUAUCAGGGCCAAAAUAUUGGGGAGUUUUAAAUCCACUGUGGAAGUUAUGCUCGAUUGGCAAACGGCAAUCUCCAAUUGACAUUGAUCCGGAUAAACUGCUGUUCGAUCCAUUUUUGAAAAAUCUUCACAUCGAUAAAGACAAAGUUAGUGGAACAAUCGAAAACACUGGACAAUCUUUGGUAUUCAGAGUGGAUAAAGAGUCGAAAUACGUUUUGAACAUCACCGAAGGUCCUCUGACUUAUCGCUAUCAAUUCCAAGAAUUCUACAUACACUUUGGCACUGAUAACAAUCUUGGGUCUGAACAUAAAAUCCAGGGUUACUCGUUUCCGGCUGAAAUUCAACUUUAUGGUUACAAUACUGAUCUUUAUUCAAAUAUGUCCGAAGCUCAAAUGAAAUCUCAAGGCAUUGUGGGUGUAUCACUUAUGGUCCAAAUUGGACAAACAACGAAUUCGGAAUUUCAAAUGGUCACCAACGAGUUUAGUAAACUUUUAUACAAAGGUUCUCUCCGUACAAUAAAGGACAUAUCCAUCAGGGAGAUGCUUCCGGACAUCAAAUACUAUAUGACAUACGAAGGAUCGACCACUCAUCCUGGCUGUUGGGAGACAACUGUGUGGAUAGUACUGAACAAACCCAUUUACAUAACCAGACGCGAGAUGUACCACUUAAGGAAAUUAUCCCAAGGUUCAGUAGAACACCCAAAAGCUCCGCUGGGAAACAAUUCAAGGCCAACGCAGGAUCUACGUGAGCGGACUGUUAGGACGAAUAUUAAUUUUGCGCAAAGAACCGAAGCCGAUCCACAGGGUAAGACAUGCAAGCUGAACAUGCACAAAAACAUGUACUAUAAAGCCAACGAUUGGACAUCGGAUUCGUUGUACCAGAUAUAACUACGUUUUUACCGAUGGUUUUUGAUAUAUAAUAUGGCUUGCGGCGUUGCCACCGUCUUGUGUACCGUUUCGUCUGACUUCCGACAGUUCGACCGGAACAACUCAUUGUCAGUGGCGGUUUCCUCUACACCGAAUAACGGACGGUAUCGGUCCAGGACAAAACGAAAAAAUAUACCGCAAGUUAGAACAAUAAUAUAUUAUCAUUCCUUCAUAAUAUUUAGUAAAACCUAUCGUUAGUUAUCUUUUAAUUGCCUCUAUAUUAUAAAAUCAAAUAAUAUUAUUGUAAAUGACGACUCAUCUGAUGUUGAUGCCGGUAAUUGGGCUGAUGGGGGGAGGUAUAAACUUAUGUUUGUUAAAUAUAUUAUUAUUAUUACUAUUAUUAUUAUUAUUAUUAUUAUUAUUAUUAUAAUUAUUAUUAUAUU